CGGCUCAGGCUACGCCUUUUGGGCAGUAGCGGCUUCACCACCGCGGUUCCCACGGGUUUGUUUUGCCCUCACUCAAGAUGUCGGAGAGCGCAGACUCGUCCGCAGAGCCGAGUGCGGAGACGGCUACGGUGGAGGAGACGGCGGGGAGCGCGGACGAAAAGAAGAAAAUUGAUAUCUUAUUGAAGGCGGUUGGUGACGCUCCUAUCAUGAAGACUAAGAAGUGGUCUGUGGAGAGGAGCCGCACAGUGCAGGCACUCGGGCUCUUCAUCAAGAAAUUCCUUAAACUAGAACCAGCGGAGCAACUGUUUAUCUAUGUGAAUCAGUCCUUUGCUCCCUCCCCUGAUCAGGAGGUGGGGACCCUGUUUGAGUGUUUCGGCAGUGAUGGGAAGCUGGUUCUUCAUUACUGUAAGUCUCAGGCUUGGGGGUGAAGUUAGGAGGACGGACCCAUUUCCUGUGCAUCACAACAGCACUUCCUUUCUGCCUGUAAAGUGGAAAAGGGGGAGGGGCUACCUAGACACAAGCCCCGCCCAUUGCCACCCGAAGAAUGAAGUCAAAAAUAUAAACUGAGAAAAAACUCAAAGAAACUGAAGAAAAUUCAAGAAUUAGACAUCUUUGUAAAUUCAACACUGUUGACUGUUUCAUAAUUAUGGAGUUAAUAAACUUAUUUGUUUUCUUA